AAAAACAAAGGAAAAAGAAUUGAGUUAUUGACCAGCUUCGCAGUUGCACUCAGUCCUUCACUCCCAAUUCCGUUAGUCAACUCACAUCGCAUUUUGCUCAAACCUCAAACCCUAUCCCCACCGGGAUCCUACAACUCCGAUAACAUGCCUCCGACCACUGCCAUCGCCGCCGUCCUUCUCCUCCUUCAACUCUUCUUCAUCACAACCACCAUCUCCGCCCCAAUCGUGGGACUAGACUCCUUCCUCGCUCAACAAUCCCGGGUUGACCCGACUGCCACAAACGAUUCAUUCCUCUCCCUUCCUUCUUCCAUCAAAAAACACCUCUCCCACCCCUCCUUAAACAACCCAACCACCCCUUCUUCCCUCCUCUCGUUCCAACUCUCCGUCCCCAUCACCGUCAAGCUCGUCGGCUCCAACUUCUCGUCCUCUUCCAAAUCUCAGCUCUCUUCAUUUCUCAGCUCAGCAAUUUCUUCCGAUCAGUUCCACGUCAUCACCCCUUUCUCUUAUCAACCAUCUCAUCAUCUCUCUAUUUCCCAUUCCCUUCACCUUGACGUGUCACAUUCUUCUAAUUCCCUUUCUUCACGUUUAUCUGAAACCCUCAAAACUCACCUCUCUACCGUCCCUUCAUCUUUCAGAUCCGUGCUCGCCGCCGUCCCGCACGAGAUCAUCGAUGAAAUAAUUAAACAGGACUAUGAAAAAGAGAAACCAAUUAAUGGGAUUUACAUUUAUAUUCUCAAUUUGGGCUCCCAGUCAAAACCCUAUGCUUACAGCUACACUCCUGGAGAUCCGUCCCCGGCUUUCACUAAGUGUUUGGGCACUGUAUGGACCGGAAAAGAUCGGUAUUUGUGGAUUGAUUUGGGGGCUGGCCCGGUUGAUUAUGGGCCUGCGUUGUCCGGCGAUGGCGUGCUGCCACGUGGCGAGUUUCAUCCGUUUGCUUCGUUGCACGGCCGCCCCAAGUCCCAAAAGGCACUGCUUUCGGAUUUGGCGUCUUUGGUUUGGAGUGCUUAUCAGGUUCUUCUUGUGCCCUCUUUGCGAAUUCCUGUCCCGUUUGAGAAUUCGUUAAUUGUUGAGUUUAUACAUAUACAUAGUAAUUCGGAUAAUAAGGAUAGUUUUGGGUUAGAUUGGAAGUUGAUAGAGAGGAAUUUCAUGGAUGAAGUAAAUGAAAAUGGGUUGUUGUUUGGUGAUCAAUCUUUGAGAUUUAAGAAGUAUGAGGUGAAUUUAGCAGAGUGUCCUAUUUGUUCUUUUGCCAUUUUGAGGGCUGCUACUUCGUAUACUUCUAGGUACUUGUUUGAUAAUUAUACUCUGAUUGUCAGUGAGUACCUGGACUCGAAGCGUUUACACCAGACAUUGUCUGAAUCGGCUGAGGAGUUUAGGAAGGUUGCUAAGCUUCCUGAGGAGGACUUUGCUGGAAGGAUUCUUCCGGUUUAUGUUUUUGAUUUGGACGUUAAUACGAUUCUGUUGCUUGAUCGUUAUCAUCAGUCCGUGGCCUUUAAGGAUAUGGUUAUUGCAGUCAGGACGAAGAGUACGCAGACUGUGAGUGAUUAUAGUUGUAACGGGCGUCAUGUGUUUACACAGUCUCGCGAGUUGGAGAGACCCCUUGUAGGUUCCAUCUUACAGAGCAUGUGGGGUGUUUCCCCGACACAUAUGGUAUGGAGCCCGAGACAUAACAGUACUCUAGUUGACUAUACGUGGAGUGUUGGGCAGACACCAUUUGGCCCAUUUUCGGAGGUUUCUUCCUUGUCGUUUGUCCAGAAG